UUCUUCUCUCGCAUUUAGAUCAUCGGCCAGUCUCGAUCAAUUACGUUCUACAAUCACUGGACUGCGCGCAGCUGUCAAGGAGGAGCGCCUCUACUCCACUGCAGUCAAGCAGCACAUGGAGCAGGUUGAUGUUUCGGCGAGUCGUAAAGUGCAAAUGAAAGAAGAGGAACUGCGGACUAUCAAGAAAAUGUUUGAAGAUGCUGAAGAGCAGCGAAUGAGAGUAACAAAUGAAGUGGAUGAUUUGAAAUCAGUCAUCACCUUGCUGAAAGAAGGAUCUAAGGAAAAGAUUGUACAGAAAGCAGCGGAGCUGGCCAUUGAACGUGCUAAUCUGCGGUCGCAGCUGGACGACACACUCAGUCGCAACAUCGGCUUGAACGAAAAUGUCACACAGCUGCAGAGUACCAUCAUUGACAGGGAGAAUGACUGCAAAACUCUCAAAGUCCAACUGGACAGCAGACCACAGAACGAUGACGUGGAGGCCCUGCGACAACAGAUGGCUCGCUUGCAUGAGACCAUGGACACUGCUGCAGAUGCUCACAGGAUCCAGCUGGAGAAUGCAUCCGUGGAGCAUAGCACAACUAGAGAUGAACUUUCCAGAGCUCAGCAGCAGAUCACAGUUUGUGAGGAACGCGAGGCGCAGGUCCAGGCAGCAGCUCAUGCAAGUGCAGCUGAAGUCAAGCGACUGGAAGUGCGCUGCCAUGACCUACGGCGAGGUCUGGACAAGGCACCGACAAGGGACGAAGUAACUCGACUGUCCGACAAGGUGAAGCAGCUUCAGAGUCAGCUGGAUACUGCACCAACCGCUGUUGCUCUCAAGAGACUAGAGGACCGCUGUUCUGGGUUGCAAACGGAGUUGACCAGUCGUCCAACACAGUCGGAUCUCGAUAGGCAAACUGAGCGUGCUGACAACGUUGCUCGCCAACUCGAGCAAGCUCCCACGGCGGGUGAAGUUGAGCGGCUUCAAUCCGAGCUUAGCACGGUUAGAGAACAGCUGAAUCAGGCGCCAAAGAGUGAUGUCAUCACUGAGUAUGAAUCACGUAUUUCAGGCCUUACAUUGCAGCUUGAUGCGCGUCCCAAGCAAGAGCAUCUCAAGCGAGUGGAAGAGGAGCUAAAUCGGGUACGGUCAGAUCUCGCUGCCGCACCAACUGCCGACCACCUGGCCAGUGUUCAAGACUCCCUUAGUGAAGCGUUGUCCCUAAGUCGCCAACAGCAGGAGCAGCUGCAAAACAAAGAUUCCAUGCUGGCGUCCCUUGAUGCUGAUUUGCGACAGGCACAAGGUAGUUUGAAUGAGCGGGAAUCAGCUCUGACACAAGUCCGCGAAGAUCUUGCCAAAUCCAAUGCUGUCGUCCGAGAUGAGGCCACCAGCAAAGGUGCUAUGCAGGAGGAAAACCGUUCUCUACAGCGACAGUUUCAAGAUGCCUCUGCCAAACUGGAACAAGUGCGAGAGGAGCUCACGAACUGCAAGGAAAAGCUGACGGACGCCUCGGGAGAGUUGAAGCGGUUUGAAUCUGAGCGCAAGGAGCUCAUUGCUCAGAUUGAGGCUGGUGAAGGUACUGGAGCUGCUAUCCAACAGCUUACCCAAGACAAGGAAGCACUGUACCAGCAGCGCAUUGAACUGGAAACCAAGCUGCAAACACAGCUACAGCAGCACGUUGAGCGAGUAGAGGAAGAUACAGCUGCGAAGAACAAUCUACUUGAGGAGCUCAGUGACAUGAAGAUGAAAACAGCUGGUCAAUCAAAGGAAAUUGAAGAUUUGACAGCACGCCUGACUUCCACAAAGGAGAAGGUGGCGACGUUACAGCGAGAAGUCACAAACCAGACGUCCGAGAUCCAAAUGCUGAACCGCCAGAAGGACAACAUGGAAACACAGCUUGAACAGAGCAAGACGCAAGUCCUGAAAACCGAGCAGGCACAAAAGCAAGCCCAGGAGGAUCAUGGCAAGGCUAGCACACAGUUGUCUGCAGCACUGGCAGAGUCAGCAGGACUACGCGCCGAGCUUGCGUCGUCAAACUCCACACUAGUAGAAAAGAAAGAGUUGCUAACAACAAGUGAACAGCAGCUGUCUGAUGUGCGAGUGGCACAUGCAACCAUCACAGAACAACUUCAGCAGAGCAUGAGGCAGUUGGAAGACUUGAAAGCCAAUCAUGCAGCGGCUCUCGAGCGUCUUGAGUCCGAAGCUGUUCAGCUGAGAACCAAACUUCAGAACCUUCACAUCGAGUCGGAGGAGAAGAAUGUCCAAGCUGAAAGACUUCAGCAAAGCGUCGAUGAACGACAGUCAAGCGUACAAGAACUGCAAGCAAAGCUACAAGAGCAGCUGAUACUGGCAGAAAAGGCACAAGCAGAGCAUGAGGAAGUUCUUACUCGCUGUCGCCUGGAGAAGGAAUCGGCUGAGGCAGAGUCUGUAGCAGCAAUCAGUUCAGUGAAAGCUGAACUGGAGAGUAAGGUUGCUGCCAUAUCAGGAGUUCGCCGUGAACUAGAGAAUUCUGAACGGGAGAAGACUGCUUUGGAAUCAAAGGUGGCAGAGAAAGAAAAGAACAUUGCCGAGAGGUGCACUGAAAUUCAGCACUUGACGAACAAAUUGAAAAAGGCUCAGGAGACAGCCAAGGAGAAGGGUGCCACUCAUGAGAAAGAGCUCGCUGACCUUCGGUCUGCCAUUGCAGAGGCAGAACAAUCCACAAAGCUGGAGAAAGCGGAGAAUGUCAAGGUCUGUGUGACAUUGGCUGCUGUGAAAGAUGAGCUUGAACAGCUGAAAGCACAGCUGUCGGAUUUGGAAAAGGAGAAGCAGGUAGCAGCCAAGAAACUGAGUGGUGGUGAGAAGGAAGCUCAGGGACUGAAAGACUCGCUUCAGGCCAGCCAGGCGGAGUGCACAAAGCUGCAAGAACAGCUCGGUCAAUCAAAACGUCUCCUCAAGGAGUCUAAACAGAAGCUACAGUUUGAGCAGGAGAGAGCCAAUGCUGUUCAAGGUCAGAUGGUUGAGGUUGACUCUCAGCUGCAAAGCCUGACUGAGGCUAGUCGAAAGAAAGAGAAGAAGUUUUCACAGGAUCUGGAAUCCAAGGAGGCAGUUCUCCAGUCACUACAGCAGAAGAUUGAGGGCUUACAAGUGGAACUGAAAAAGCCGUGUCAGAGCUGUCAGAACUAUGAGCGGCAAGUGUGCCGCCUACAGGCGCAAGUCAAGUCUGGCGAACAGACAAUUGAAGCGUUGCAAGCAGAGCUGGAUGGUGCUAGAACAGAUUUUGGCGACCUCAAUUCACAGAUCGAUAGUCGUGAAUUUCAGCUUGCAUCUGUGGAGAAGGAGUCGUCUCUGAAGAUCAAGCAACUCACCGAGGCCAAGGAUGCAUUGAGUAAGCAGCUGCAGGAUCUCAAGGAAGAGUUGGGUCUGCAGAAGAAGACGCUGACAGAGGUCACUGAAGAAAAGGACCAGUCAGAGCAGCUCCUGUCAGCCAAGGAAACCGUCAUUAUUGAGCUGACAAAAACCAGAACAUCACUGGAAAAGGAAAUCUCCAGUCUGACCCAGUCCUUGAUUGCAGCCAAAACAGCACAUGAAAAGGACUUGGCGGAGAGCCAAAAGGCACGCGGCCUGUUCAUCGAACAGAAGGUGGAGCUGCAGCAUCGCGUCACUGCGCUGACCGCAGACCUGCAGAAGAACCUGGAGGUGGCGUUACAGCAGAAGACAGAUGCUGAAGCCGUGUCCAGUAGUCUUGGUACUCAGUUGGUAUCACUGAGAACACAGCUGAGCCAGGCCGAAGAGAAGAGGACGUCCGUUGUUGAUGAGAUGUCACAGCUCACUGCUCGUCACCACAUGAACAUUGAGACGCUGAACGCCACAAUCACAUCUCUCCAGUCAGAGACCGGUGGACUACAGGCCGACGUGAGGCGUUUGAAAACAGAGAAUGAGCGACUGCAAGGUGAUGUCGCGGAGCUUGACUGUGCUGUGGGAAACUUGAAAGACGAGCGGACGGAGUUGCUUGGCAGGUGCUUGACAAGUGAAGAGGAGGUGGAGAUACUGCAGGGCAAGGUGGUAGUACUGCGCAAGCAAGUGGACGACUCUACACAUGCUCUUCACGACAUGGGGCAACUGGCUCAAACCUUACAGGUUGACGUGUCCAAGUACAGCGAGCGUACAUGGGAAUCUGACCGCGAGGUGAACAACUGCAAGCGCUGCAAGGUGAAGUUUUCCGUCACCGUUCGCAAGCAUCACUGCCGAAAUUGCGGAAGCAUCUUCUGCCAGCAAUGCACACCAAAAACAGCCAAGCUGCCAGCAAUCAAGAAGCCAGCUCGCGUCUGUGAUGGAUGUCACAGAGAGCUGACACGCUGAGCAUCACCUUGCACAGAACGCCUUCACGCCUGAUAGUAGUAACGUGAUGCUGAUGACGAGGAGUCCCGUAAUACUUGAAGGGAAUCGCGUCAGCAAACUACCUCCUACUCUCAACACUAAGCUUCCUUACAGAACACGUGUCAUGCCGUGGUGUGUUGAUGGACAAACACUGUGUACCGCUGCUGUGUUCUCACUCUUACCAAAGUCAUUGCAAAUUAGCCGUUUCGUGCAGUACUACAUGUUAUGACAUGCGGCAUGUGAUAGAUCGGAAAGAAGAACCAAGCAAGAUUACAUUCUGCUCCAACUUUUGUCGUUCACUAUCGCUCCUUAUGUGUUCAAUCAUUUGAUUUCUUUACCCUAGUUGGGGCUUGGCAACAAUCGUCUGUAAAGAACUGCUGGUUCAGUUCUUGGCUUGCUGGCCUGCUUGUUUUACUCUUAUUUUAACAGUCUCUUCUCCAUGUAUCGGCCUUUUUAUUGUAAGCUACUGCUGCUGCUGCUGCUGCUAUCAUAACAUACAAUGUCAUGCACACACACACACGCACGCACGCACACACACAAAAGGAGAAGUCCAUUCUCGUCCGCUAUCAUGAAACUAUUUGCCCAGAGAGUAGAGAAUAGACUAGAUAAUUUUUCUGACAAUGACAUGACAUGAAGCUAUUUUUUUAUUUAAACAUAUUAAGGUGACACCUAAAAUGUGGAAUUAAUGAUAAUACGGA